AUGUGGUCGUUUUUCUCUCGUGAUCCUACGAAGGAUUUUCCCUACGAAGUAGGAGAUCCUGUACCUGAUUUAGAAGAUAGAAGUGUUUGGACCGUACAUAAAGGCAAAAAAAGAGGGACACAAGAAGAAGUCUCCAUAUUUUUAUUCGAUGUUCAGAAAAGUUCAGAAACACUAUUCGACAUAGCCAAGGCGUCCUUAAAGAAACUAAAGACUAUGCGACAUCCAAGCCUUUUACAUUAUUUAGAUAGCUGUGAAACUGAGAAAUUUUUAUAUGUAGCAACAGAGUAUGUAGAGCCAUUAUCUAGGCAUAUAGAGGAUAUGAAACUAGAGGGCCCACAAAAGGAAUUAUUUCUAGCUUGGGGCAUAUUCCAAAUAACUAGAGCACUAUCAUUUUUAAAUAAUGAUGGCAAUAUGAGGCACAAUAAUGUGUGUUUGUAUUCAGUAUUUGUAACUCUAGCUGGAGAGUGGAAAUUGGGUGGUUUUGAGUUCCUCACUUCACAAGGACAGGAGAAUGCAAAUCCUAUUCCAAUCAAGAUAUUACCUGCAUUAGAAAUAUAUGAUCCACCUGAGAAGAAAGAUGCCACAAAGCUUAAAACUGUCACUAAGUGCUCAUCUGAUAUGUGGGGUCUAGGCUGUCUAAUAUGGGAAGCAUACAAUGGCCCUCUCAAAAAUCAGCCUGCACUUAAAACAGUGGAUAAUAUACCAAAGCAGCUUUGCACUUUGUAUUGUGAGCUAGUGAGUGCCAAUCCUGGCUCAAGACCCAAUCCUGCUGAUAUCAUUGCAAGGUGUCGAAAAAUGGGUGGAUUCUUUAAAAAUGAUCUGAUAGACACAAUGUUAUUCCUUGAAGAGAUACAGAUAAAAGAUAAAGUGGAAAAAGGAAAAUUCUUCUCGACUCUCAGUUCUUAUUUAGAUAAUUUCCCGGAAGCAGUGUGUGUUCAUAAGAUAUUACCACAGCUACUAACAGCUUUCCAUUAUGGUGAUGCUGGAUCAGCUGUUCUAGCGCCCAUGUUCAAGUUGGGUAAACUACUAGAGGAUGCUGACUACCAAAAGCAAAUAGUACCAUGUGUAGUCAAACUUUUCGCGUCGAAUGACCGGACGACGCGGUCGCGGCUGCUACAACAACUUGAUCAGUUUAUAAUGCACUUGCAAAACUCUACUGUCAAUGACCAAAUAUUUCCUCAAGUGGUGCACGGUUUUUUGGAUACGAACCCUGUUAUCAGAGAACAGACUGUCAAGUCAAUAGUACACCUUUCGUCUAAACUCAACUACAACAAUUUGAAUGUGGAAGUACUACGACACUUCGCUCGAUUGCAGGCUAAGGAUGAUCAGGGUGGAAUCAGGACAAACACGACAGUAUGUCUCGGCAAGAUAGCUCAGCAUCUUCACCCACAGAUUCGCCAGAAGGUCCUAGUAUCGGCAUUUGUACGUUCGACUCGUGACGUGUUCCCCCCUGCCCGACAAGCGGGCGUACUAGCAUUGGCAGCUACACAACAAUACUUCUUGUUAGCUGAAGUGGCUAACAGAGUGUUGCCAGCUCUCUGUCCACUAACCAAUGAUCCAGAAAAGCAGGUCCGUGACGCAGCAUUUAGAACUAUAAAAGGAUUUUUGGGAAAACUGGAAAAGGUUUCAGAAGACCCAAGUUUAAAAGAAGGAAUGGAGGCCGAUGUGCACACCGCAACGCCGUCUCUUAGCAACGCAGCAGCCACGUGGGCGGGCUGGGCUGUGACGGCCGUCACCGCCAAGUUCUACCGCUCGCACUCCGACACGGCGCGUGUUGCGCACCCGGCCAAGUCGGUGCUGUCCAAGCCAGGAUCACUCGAGCAACCAUCGUCGAGCAGUAUGUCAACUACAACGUCGUCCGUCACCUCCAUGACCUCUUUAGAACACAGCGAGUCGGCAUCUGACUAUGACCCAGACCACUGGGACAUGGCCGCCUGGGGCGACAUCGACUCCAGCGCAGGAACGGGCGCGAGUGUGAGCGCGAAGUCUCCCCCGAGCAGCGGCAGCGCCCACGCGACCCCCGCGCUCGCCGCGCUGUGCGAGGACGACUGGGACAACGAGGAGUGGGGCACCUUGCAGGAACAACCGAGUGCAGAAGCGGAACUGGCGAGUCCGUCAGAAACGUGGAAUAAUACUGCGUGGAUAGACCCAGCGUUAAACAACGCGAACGCUACGUACGUGAGGGGCGGCCGCCUCGAGCACAGGCCCACGGCGCAUCAGAACAGUAACGACUCGCUCGGUGGGUGGGAGGACGGCGAGUUCGAACCUAUCGAGGAAAAUGUCGAUGAAAACAACGCAUCAAAAAUGGACGAAAUGCGUCGCAAACGUGAAGAGCGAAAGCUACAGAGGCAGCGCGAGAUGGAAGCUCGCCGUUCUGCGCGGGGUCAGGGGCCCAUGAAGCUCGGCACUAAGAUGGCGCCCACCAACCAACCCUUCUAG